GUGGGAGAUACGUGGGGGGACAGGCACGGGGAGCGGCCGCUAUUACCUUGCAUGGCCAGCCGUCGCUCCUGUCAGUGUUGUGUUAACGCUCGCACCGACAAGAGCUAGUGCACUGCAGUCUGUGCUCGCGUCUGCUGAACUCAAAGCAUAUUAUUUCCAGAGAACUUUUAAUUCUUUAAGUUUUUAAUCGGUGCUUUUCGCAAGAAAGCAAAAGCAACUCUACAGGGAAGGAAGAUGAACAGACAGCGAGAGGCGGCGGAGCAGGUGAGUGUAAUAGAAGACAUACCUGACAACACUACUGAGGGGCAAGUGGAUGGGGGCAAGGAGGAAGGCAACGAAGACUGGUCCCGGAGUCCGAUGCAAGGGGAGAAGGUUCAGCCAAACGGAAACGUUUGGUCGUGGAGCCCAUACCAGUCUGGCAUGUCUAGUCACCACCUCCAUAGUGGAUGGUCGUGGAGCCCCAUAACGAGUGUUCAACACAAAAAUUGUGGCAGAUGGUCGUGGAGUCCAUCACAACUGAAAAUCUUGCCUUACGCCACCCAAGAGCAAUCUGAAUCUGAUGUUCAGGGACAGCCUCCGUUAACAGACGUCAACUGCUGGCCAGUUUUUAUCGAUACAUACCGACCGAAACGGAAAAGAACCAGGAAAAGAAGAAGGUCUAAGAAAUUUGGGCCAUACCGCUAUAAAAGAGAGGGAAACUGGAAAACACUGACAUGUGUUACAGGGCCAACUCAAAGUACAGAAUCACAAGUUUCCCCAAAUACAAAACAGUGCGAUUCCUAUUCAUGUGUCUCCAAAAUGACACUCUCAGCUUCCCAAACACAAAGGGUGUCAAGCAUUUGUCCCCAAAGAGAAAUCAACAAUCCCUGCCUUCGGUCUACUGGUGUUGAUGAAGUGCUGGGAAGAAGUACAUCUCCUGCUCAAGAAUCAAAAGCAGAAAGAAACAUUACAUCCAGUUUGCAGAAUAGUAAUGAAAUGUCAUCAAAAAGCUCCCUAUCUGUGUCAGAAACUAGUAGAAUGAACGAACAUCCUGGAGUGUGGCAAAAAAGUGUAAUUGAUACGCAGAAAAAGAGUGAAGAACAAACAUUACCAUCCAUUUUUCAAGUGGAUGAAGAGCAAAAACUGAUAAAUAAUUCUUUUCUGAAUUAUGAACACAAUAAAUCAGAGGGAAUACGAAACAAAGCUAAUACAUCUGUCUCCAAAAUGGAAGAAAAAAGUGGAACGCUUCAGAAAAUUUCACUGCCACAGUCUGAAGAAGAUAGAAUGAAUGACGUAGAUGCAAUCAGUUCAUCAAAGUAUAAUGCUGAUCAAGCAGAAAACCUGCACGCAAGUACUUUAGAAACUGAUAAAGUAAACAACUUGCCUAGAACUUUGACAUCUCAAUCAAAAAUUGCUGCAGCGGACGUCAGUACAGUACAGGUAAAUGAUUCACCCUUGCCACAUGAUUCUGUGGAAAUUAUCGAAAUGCAUGAAAAUAGAUUACGCCAUACGUUCACUCCUGCCUUAGAUGAAUUUGAAGAGAAGAAAGUUCUCGAAACGGUUGAAAAGAGGCAGACAUACGAAUCUGAAAUGGAGGGGUUUAAGGAAACUAAAUCCUCAUUACCUGAAGUGGAAAAAGGAAAUAUACCACAAUCACAAAACUUUUCUCCAUCAUAUGAAACAGAUAAAAGGAAUUCCUCUAUAACUGACGGAAAUAACCUUUUUAACAAAAUAACAAACACGAUUAAUAACAAAAAAACUGAACUUUUGUGUUCAGACGACAGAGGUGCUGAGGAAAAAAAUCACAGCCUCUCUCAGAUUGAAUUCAAUAAUUCGCGGCAAAUAUGCAACUCACGCAGUCCAUCCCCAGUUGACAAACUUAUCAGCGGUGGACUUAAGUAUUCUCUUUCUUUUGAAUUGUUGGACAUGCCAGGAGGAAUGGCCAUAAACACAGACAGUUCAAGGAUAUGCAAGCAGGUGCAAUCUUCCACAACUGGCUUGUCUGAUGAUCCCUCCUCUCAACACUCAACAUCAAUAUCUCCUAAUGAGGAAAAUGCAAAUCAGGUGUAUUCCAGUGAUUCAUAUCCAGGAAGCUUUUCCUCAGUGAACUGCGAUAACUUAAAACACAGGGCAUCAUUGCUGAAUGAAAAAAAAUCUUCCACCACUUUCUCUGGAUGUUCUUCAGUGAAAGAAGAUUCACUAGUACUAGAUGGUGCAGUGGAGAAUAUCAAUAUGAAAUCAUGCCAGGCCAAAGAGGCUGCAAAUGCUAUGAUAGAUUGUGAAAAUGAAUCAAGUCAUUCUCUUAUUCCGGAAAACAAGUGUUUGGAAAAUUCUAUCAACAAUAAAACAGAAGAGAAUAAGGAAAAACAAAAUAUUUUAUCAGUUAACAAAAAUACCAGUGAACCCAAAUGUACUCUGACAAGGACACGUACACUGACCCUUCCAUAUACUGAGACAGAAAAAUUCAGCAGUGUGUCCAUAAGUGGUACUAAAUCUACAAUUUCAGAAUACAAGAGAUUCGAGUAUGGAAAAACUGAAGACUGCAAGUCACUCAUUGAAGAGCUUGAAUUAAUUUCCAAGAAAAGCAGUUCUUCAUCAGCAAGUAAUGAAAAAAACCUAAGUGUCUUGCAGAAAGAUCUUCCUUCGCCAUUAAGAUCUGUAGAUAGUUGUCAUGUAAAAUCUCAAUGUAGUCUUUUGACAAAUAAGGACAAUGGUUCAGAUUUGGAAGCUGACAACUCAGAAGCAACUUCAUUGUUGCAGAAGAAUAUGACAUCUACCUUGGAUUCAGAUUCUGUCAUUGCAGAGACAGAGGGAUUCUCUGCAAGUCCUCAGAAUGAAGUGAAAUAUUCUACAAUGGAAUUCAUGUCUACAGAACCAAAGAGUCCGUCCACUACCAAGGGAUUUUCACCUCGUGGAUCAAAGAGUUUGUCUCCUGCUGAGAAACGUUCAUCUUGUAAAUCUAGGAGUUCAUCCCCUGAUGAAAGAUCUGUACCUUGUGAAUCAAACAGUUCAUUCCCUGCUCAAGGACCUUGGGGAUCUAACAGUCCAUCCGUGGCCAAGGGAGUUUCACCCAAGAGAUCCCUUGCUAAAGGACCUUUACUUGAGGAAACCAGGAAUCCAUUCCUUGCCGAGACACUUACAGAAACAGUAUCCAGUUCAUCUCUUAUUGAGGGACCUUUACCUUGUGGAUCGAAGAGUCCAUCGUCUGUCAAGGCAUCUUCACCUCAGGGAUCUAGGAGCCCAUCAUCUAUUGAGGGAUCUUCAUCAUGGAGAUCCAAAAGUGCACCUGGUGAAGGAUCUUUGCUUUGGAAAUCCAGGAGUCCAUCCCUUGCUGAAGACUUUUCACCUCGAAGGUCCAGGAGUUCAUACCCUGCCAAGGAAAUUUCACUUUGGGAAUCUAGGAGUCCAUUCCUUCUUGUGGAGGGAUUUUCACCUCGAGGUUCUAGAAGUCCAUCUCAUGCUGAGGGACUUUCACCUCGGGGAUCUAGAAGUCCAACCCCUGCUGAGGGACUUUUGCCUCGGGGAUCUAGAAGUCCAUCCCCUGCUGAGGGACUUUCGCCUCAGGGAUCUAGAAGUCCAUCCCCUGCUGAGGGAUUUUUGCCUCGGGGAUCUAGAAGUCCAUCCCCUGCUGAGGGACUUUUGCCUCAGGGAACUAGAAGUCCAUCCCCUGCUGAGGGACUUUCGCCUCAGGGAUCUAGAAGUCCAUCCCCUGCUGAGGGAUUUUUGCCUCGGGGAUCUAGAAGUCCAUCCCCUGCUGAGGGACUUUUGCCUCAGGGAUCUAGAAGUCCAUCCCCUGUUGAGGGACUUUUGCCUCAGGGAACUAGAAGUCCAUCCCCUACUGAGGGACUUUCGCCUCAGGGAUCUAGAAGUCCAUCCCCUGCUGAGGGAUUUUUGCCUCGGGGAUCUAGAAGUCCAUCCCCUGCUGAGGGACUUUUGCCUCGGGGAUCUAGAAGUCCAUCCCUUGCUGAGGGACUUUUAUUUCAUGAAUUCAGAAAUCCAUUCCCUGAUAAAAUUCUUUUGCCUCAGGAACCCAAGAGCUUAUCCCCGGCUGAAGGACUCUCACUGUCUAGGAAUUCAUCCUCGGUUGAGGGACCAACACCUCAAGGAUCAAAGAGUCCAUCCCAUGCUCAGGGAUUUUCACCUAGGAAAUCUAGGAGUCCAUCCCCUGCCACAGAAUCUUUCCUUAUGGAUUCUAGGGGUCCAUCCCCAGUCGAGGGAUUUUCACCUAAGGAAUAUAAGAGUCCAUCCCUUGCCAAGGAAUCUCUUCCUAUGGAACCUAGAAGUCCAUCCUCCGUCAAGGGAUCUUCAAAUAAGGAAUUUAGAAGUUCAUCCCCAGUCAAGGGAACUUCCCAUAAGGAAUCUAGGAACCCAUCUCCUAGUGAACGACUUUCACCAUGGGGAUCCAAGAUUUUAUCUCCUGCACUUUGGGGAUCUAAGAGUCCACUUCCUGCCAAGGGACCUUCAAAUAGAGUAUCAAAGAGUUCAUCAACUGUUAAGGUGGCCAUACUUGGUAGAUCACGGAGUCUAUCUCCUGUUAAGGAAUCUUCACUUCAGGAAUCAAAGAGGCAAUCCCUCCUCAAAGAAUCUUCGCAUCAGAGGUGCAUGAGUACAAUGCCUGAUGAAAGACCUUCACUUCAGAGAUCCAGGAGUUCAUCUCCUGCUGGGAAACUUUCACUAAGAGUAUCCAGAAGUUUAUCCCUUACUGAGGGACAAAUAACUCAGGGUUCAAAGAGUCUAUCGCAUAUUGAGAAACUUUCAACUUGGGGAUCCAAGAGUCCCCCCCUUACCGAGGAGCCUUCAUUUCAGAGGUCCAGGAGUCCAUCCCCUAUCAAAGAACUUUCAAUAACAAUGUCUAAAAGUUUAACCACUAAUGAGGGACCUUCAUUAGUAGGACCUAGGAAUCCAUAUUUGCCCGACUUCAAAAGUCUCCAGUUGGUAGACAACAGGGCCAUCACUUUGCAUUCUAAAGAUAAAGCUAGCAAUGUCUGGUGUAAAGUAUCAUCUUCUCAAUACUUUCACCCAAAUGAUAAGACACGAACACCACCUCCUCAAAGUGAAACAGUGAAUAUACAAGUGGAUAUAACAUGUACUGUGGAAGCAGGUGGUUUCCAGGAAGUUACCGCCACUACUCCACCAUCAGGUGUGAAGAGGAAACAUAGUGAAUGUUCGGUAGAGGAAAUAACUAUUGAUAAUUCUCAACAACGGAAAAAAAUUGCAACUGAUCCAACAGAAACUCUAAAUGCUAUAUUAAGAAAAAUCCAUGGAAAAUCAAUUCUAGAAUUCUCAACUUCACACAAAACUGCAUGUCGCAAGAGUAUAGUCACCCGCGCUGUGACAAGAAGAUUGGCUCACCGCUCACCAAAUCACGAUCUUCAUCAUGUGGCUAGUGCAAGGAUGGAAAUAUUCGAGGCUGUAGAGUCAGGAGACUUCGAGAAAGUGCAGGAAUUGAUGCAAGACACUGGUCCUGCAGUCAGGCGGAAAGACACUCAUUGUACACUCCUUCAUGAAGCAGUGAAUCACCGACAAGUGGAUAUGGUGCUUUUUUUCCUCAAGUAUAUAAGUCCCAAUGUUGUGAACAAGGAAGGCAGUACACCAGGGCACUUGGCGGCCAGGAAGGGUUAUACUCAGAUUCUCAGGCUUUUGUUGGCUGACUCUGAAGUGGAUCCUAACAAACGGGACCUUUUUAACAACACCUACAAAAAUUGGCUGACACUGCCGCUACUGGAAGCAGUGGUAGGGGACAACCGCGCAAGAAUCCAGGAAUUACUUCGUCUUGGCGCGGAUCCAGACCACUCUGCAAAACCUCCAGACGAUUGGUUUGCAGACAGAAACAUGGAAAUCACCACUGCACGUCAGUUAGCACAUGCACUGCAACGAGAUAAUGUACUACCCUUAUUCAAAAGAAAAUCUGUUGAAGAUGAUCUUAAAAGUGUGGAGGAUGACGAUGUGAACAAGGCAUUGCCAGAACUGCUGUUUCCAAAGAAAAUCAAUGACAUGGAUAAUGAAUUCAUGCAGCUGGUAGAUACGUCCGUAGCAGUGGCCCGUGGGCCAGACGUGUACAGGAUGGACGCAACUCUUCGAGGCUACGUCUGCAUCCUCAGUUAUGGCUCCUUCCACGACCGUCCAGACCUUCACCUGCAAGGCUCGCAGACAGACGCCCACAAUCUGGCUAACACGUUCAGUAAGAUGGGCUACAGAGGUCAUGCCCACUUCUCCCUCACGGCUGGCCAAACGCGGCAGCAGCUGGCCAAGGUCAGAGACAUGGAGCUGCUGAAAAGAGCUGGGUGUGCUGUAUUCAUCAUUUCCAGCCAUGGAGAGCCUCGCCGUCACUUUCUUACCAGCGACAUGCAGACCAUCGACAUUCAAUGGGUGUUGGACUUCUUUAAGGACUCUCAGUGCCCUUACUUGAAGAACAAACCCAAGCUGUUCAUCUGGGACUUGUGUCGUGGCCACCAAGAGCAAGAGAGCGGCCGAGGAAAGACUCAUAGAGAGUUAUGUGGCCGAGUGGAUGAGCCGCUGCGGGACGUGAUGUGCCUCGACUCAAGUAGUGGAGGCUUCACCUGGCACGCCUUCUCCGAGGAGGGCACUCCCUUCAUCGGGGCUCUGUGCAGCGUCGUGGCGCGCCACGCUGCCACCAAGGAGCUCAUUGAGCUGUAUCGGGAGUUUUUGAAGGAGUAUGCCACUGCAGCUCCAGAUGCGGUUCCACAGCUCACUAAUUAUGGCUUCAAUAAGAAGUUUUAUGUCCAGUGUAAGGGUGUGGACGCCACCAAAGAGACCAGGACUCGAAUGAGAGAACACUUAAUGGCUGAUACAAUCCACAAUCCACUCGAGGUGACACGGUACUUCCGUCACCUGGUGAACUGCGUACAGGAUCCACCCUUUGAGGAAAUCUGCCAGGAAAUUGAGAGCGCGGGUUGUGUCCCAAAGUUUAUACAUAUUUUGCAGAAGGAUAGCUGCUUGGAGGUGCAGAAAGAGGCGGCGUGGGUGCUGGGUAAUAUAUCAGGCGGCGAUGACAAAAUUUGUAAGGCUGUGUUUGAUGCCGGCGUCGUGGCUCCUAUGAUCAGUCUUAUAAACUGCGACAACUCCGAGAUUAGAGAAUUGGCAGCUCACUGUCUGGCAAACAUCGUCACGUUGCCAGGUGUCUUUGAGCAGAUUGCCCAAAAUGUCUUCAAGCCUCUGUUGUCGUUGCUCGCGAAGGAUGAAGUGCUGCCAAACGCUUCUGCUCUUCUACGGAAUUUAUGUGGGUGCAGGAAUCCAUACCCACCUCUGAGUACUCUGAGGCCCUGCCUACCCACGCUGAUCCACCUCGUCUGGAAUAACAACGUCUCAGUGUCGGACGACGCCUGCAAUGUUCUUGCCCAUCUCAUCAGGAUCCACAGGUUCCGCCUCAGUCCCAGCUUCGACUCUUCAUUCUUUACUGAAUUUCACAAACUUCUGAAAAUGAAUCCUGACAGAAAAUCAUUUAGCAAUCUUGGUCGAGCAAUCACGCAGGUAUCACUGGCCCCGUCUUCUCCUCGGCAGGACAAUGAAAGCUGGAGAUCAACGAACGGGACACAUCACACGUCACAAAGCAAUUCGACGCCCACGUCACCACAGUGCAACGCGAAACCAAGUGGUACUACAUCUGGUGCCUUUGGGAGGCGGAGGACACGCAGCGCUUCCCCCGAUUGUGUGUCCACGAGGACCACGCCAAAGAGAGCCAAAAUCAUUGCUGUUGCUGUCUGCCCCUCACCAACAAAGCCGAGGACAAGAGCUUUUUCAAAAAGAUUUGUCAACACAGCUCCGAACCACUCAACUUCCUAUAUUUCACAAAAUAAGGAUGAAUUAUUUCGUGCAGUAGCAGAGGGAGAGUUGGAACGCGUGGAGCAGCUUGUGCACCACACUGGUCCGUGCCUAACAAAAGGUGGAAGGGAAUGCACUCUGCUACACGUAGCCGCAGAAAAUAACCAACCAUCCAUUGUCCUGUUCCUCCUGCAGUUCAUCAGCCCUAAUGUUGUGAACCGUGACGGCCACACUCCAGCUCACCUGGCUGCCAUGAAAGGUCACACUCAGGUGUUGCACAUCCUACUCAGUGAUCCACAUAUAAAUCCUGACAAACGUGAUCCCACUGGCAACACAUACACACAUUGGCUCGUCGAUCAUCUGUUGGAUGCUGUUCUGAAAGAGGACGUAGCAAGAGUCCGUUCCUUGCUAAGCGUUGGAGCUGAUGUUGACCAGCCGGUGCGGGGUACGACAGGUGGGGCGCUGGCCCGUGAACUUAACAUCACCUCAUUUCGCCAUCUAGCGCGCGUCAUUCAACACGACUCCAUACACCGAAUGAUUGACGCCGAGCGUCGAACGUCAACGGAGCGUAAAGCAGAAGCUUGCCCUGCCACACAAAACUCCACUCCCUUUAAUCGCAUACCAGCCGGAACUCUCGCCUUGCCUGCAUGCUUGUCCCCAUCGAUGACCCGCGGGACAGACGUGUACAGGAUGGAUGCAACUCCUCGAGGCUACGUCUGCAUCCUCAGCUAUGGCUCCUUCCACGACCGUCCAGACCUUCACCUGCAAGGCUCGCAGACAGACGCCCACAAUCUGGCUAACACGUUCAGUAAGAUGGGCUACAGAGGUCAUGCCCACUUCUCCCUCACGGCUGGCCAAACGCGGCAGCAGCUGGCCAAGGUCAGAGACAUGGAGCUGCUGAAAAGAGCUGGGUGUGCUGUAUUCAUCAUUUCCAGCCAUGGAGAGCCUCGUCGUCACUUUCUUACCAGCGACAUGCAGACCAUCGACAUUCAAUGGGUGUUGGACUUCUUUAAGGACUCUCAGUGCCCUUACUUGAAGAACAAACCCAAGCUGUUCAUCUGGGACUUGUGUCGUGGCCACCAAGAGCAAGAGAGCGGCCGAGGAAAGACUCAUGGAGAGUUAUGUGGCCGAGUGGAUGAGCCGCUGCGGGACGUGAUGUGCCUCGACUCAAGUAGUGGAGGCUUCACCUGGCACGCCUUCUCCGAGGAGGGCACUCCCUUCAUCGGGGCUCUGUGCAGCGUCGUGGCGCGCCACGCUGCCACCAAGGAGCUCAUUGAGCUGUAUCGGGAGUUUUUGAAGGAGUAUGCCACUGCAGCUCCAGAUGCGGUUCCACAGCUCACUAAUUAUGGCUUCAAUAAGAAGUUCUUCUUUAAUCCAACUAAAUAUUUUUCUUUAUAAGCAGGUUUUUUCAUAUAAUAAGGCAUCUAUAAUUUUGGCUGUAUACAGUAUGUACUGACUAAAACUUCAAUAGUUCUAAAUAAAGUUCGUUAACAUUUUCUCCUUUUAUGCCAACAAGAAACAGGCUAAGUUUUUGUAGGUUAUGGUUCACUUGUUUUUUGCCUAUAACCACGCAGAGUAAAGUUGCCAAACAGAUUUUAAUCUUAAUUUACUUAACGUAAUAAUUAUUGUCUUUUUCCAUGUAUAUUACGAUAGCAGGAGACACUCACUCUGUCAAGAGUUGUAAAGAAUAUCACUGGGAACCUCUCAACAGGUUGAUAUAAUAUGAGAACAAAACAAU